AUGACUCGUCUGAAGAAGGGAAAGUCAAGAGUGAAAAAAAGUUUUAUUUUAGAAUUUGAUGAGAAAAAGCGAGAAGAUUACCUGACAGGAUUCAGUAAACGAAAGAAGUGCAGACAGAGAGAGGCUGAAGAGAAAAAGAAACAAAUUUUAAAAGCCGAAAAAGAGAGAAUUAGGAAGGAGAAAAAGAAUCAACUCCUCUUAAACAGUAGACAAAUAACAAAUGGGUUUUCUUCCAUUGGGGCCAACGAUGUCACGUCGCUAAACUUCAAAAACCACACGGUGAUAGUAACAGAACUCAACGAUAUCAACAAAGAUGCUGAUUUACUUGCAGCCAAUGAUUUUGACAGUCUGCCAGAACUAGGCUCCGUUGAAAAAGCUAAAAAGACCAAGAAAUUCAAUCCCCACAUGAACAGCAGAAAUUUGGUCAAGAAAAAGGUCAAAAGGUCAAACAGAAAUAAUAACAACAACAAUACCAAUAAUAAAAAUCAUAAAAAUAAAAGUAGAAGGAAUAGUAGAAAAUCAUUCUCCAAUAGAUCAAAGGUCAAAGCCAAUAAGCCCAUAGCGUCAUGA